GCUCAACAGAAAGCAUGUUAGAGUGUUAGGAAACUGCACACUUUUAGCAGGGACUUGAGCGUUUGUUCACUUUAUCAAAUUUAGCAUCGGCACACUGGCCAGCAAAACAUCCGAGUAACGUUAUUGCUCAGAAGGUGGAAGUCAUACAACACCCAUUUGACCAAGUGAUAACAGGGAACUAUCCUACCUGAGUCUGUCUGCUGUGGAGAUUAUGGAUGACUUGGAGAGAGAGCUGGGGCUUCUUCAAGACUUGGAAAAUGACAACGACUCUUCAGACAACAACUCUGCAAAAGGAGGAAAAAGGUCCAAGCUCCCUCUGGUUAAUUCCAUGUGUGCAGAGACACCAAAGGAAACUGGGUUUCACCAGAGUACCAGGAUCUGUCUGGAGCAGAUCAGAGAAGCUAUGCUGCAUCAUAGAUGGCAAGAGGCAGCAGAAUAUAUGGCAUGUUACUCCCAAAUGUUAGAAGACCCAACCCAAGGCACCACACAGCAGUACAAAGAGCUUAUUUGGAGACUCAGCACUGAGAUACUUCAUCAUCUCCCCAACUCAAAGCUGGAAGACUACAACAACAUCUAUGAACGAAUGAAACAUUCAGGAGUUAAGCAUUAUCUGAUGAUCAGUCUGGAACAUUCCUUCCACCUGCUGCUCCAUGGUCACAUUGAAGAUGCAAAGCGUCAGCUGUCUGUUGCUGAAAGUUGGAGGUAUGGGAAGGAGUCAGCAGCUCAGGAUCAGAAGACUAAACUGAUCCAGGCCUACAGGAGCCUGCUGGAUUAUAUGAUCUGGUGUGACAAAAAGUUCACAUACUCCAACACCGACAAUCCCGACUCUGGUGACAACCAAGAGAUGCAUAACUACUUCAGACAGGCCUCUGUAAAUCUUAAGGAGAUUUUAAAAAAUCCUGGUGUCUGGGAUCCCUUCAUACUGAGUUAUGUUGAGAUGCUGGAGUUCUAUGAGGAUCACAAGGAGGCUCUGAAAGUCCUGAAUGACUACGCCUAUGACAACAGUUUUCCACCCAAUCCCAACGCGCAUGUUUAUCUCUAUCAGUUCUUAAAGCGGCAUGAUACUUCUGAGAAGAAACUAAUGAAAGUGUUGAAGAUCCUCCAAGUUUUAGUCCCAAGUCAUGAGUUGAUGUUGGAGUACAGCUCUCUCCUGCUUCAGUCAGAGAAAAAAAGUGAUAUUCAAAAAGCUUUAGGAGUCGUUUUAAAAAUGCUGGACUUCGCCUGCUGGAGGAGCAGCCUGGAUGCGUGGAAGUGUUUAAAGGCCAUUAUUCAGAAAUUACAGCUACAAGAAGACUGGAAGGAGGUUGUUGUUCAAAAAAUGGCUGAGAGAAAAGACUGGUGGCCUGCACUGCACUUCACAAGCUUCCAUGCCAGUAAAGACUCUGAGGAGAACCCAGAGCUGAUGGAGGUGAAGGCAUCGCUGGUAAAAGUCCUUUGUCCUGACCUAAUUCUUAAGUACACUGCUGGAGGGGUAACCAGUGGAGAGUGGACCUGAGAGAAGAACACAAAGAGAUUAUCAAACUGUGUUUUCACAAUUCACAGUCAAGAAAAGGUUUGAGAUGCUUUUGGGAAAUAACUGAAAAACCCUGGCAAAGCCGUGUCAAUGAAGAGGAGGAAUCUUUGUAAAUGCGCUUUUUACACAGAGCUUAUUUCAGUAAGAUUUCAUGAAGGCACAGCCUCCAUCAUCCACUGUGAGGAGCUCUUGUUCUGUGUAUUUACAGAGAGUAUCUGCGGGGUAUGACCACUGAAUUUUGACAGAAACUGAGUGUAGCUCUGAAUCAGUGUUCAAGUUGGUUUCAUGGUUUCUGUGAAUGUUUUAAUGAGAGCGGAGUCUCAUUCUGCCCUCAGUUGACCUUUGACCAUUGUAUGGAGGCCUUUUAAGGUCAUUAGUGAGUGUAUACGACACACAGCCUGCGCAGACCUUUCAGCAACAUGAUUUUCAGAGGUUAAAGUGAGUGGUACAGACCAUCGAUAGGUGGUUACUGAUAAUAGCUUUAAAAUGUUUACUGUGAGACUGAGACUGUGAGAGGUGCCAUCUGUAAAAGUUCAUAAUUGACUUGUGAUCAGUUUGAGUAUGUGCUAGUAUAUUUCUCUGAAACUAUAUUCACCCCUGUCUGUCCUUUAUUUCACAAAAAAUGCAAUGCAGUAGUGCUCUCAUAAUUUCUGACGCCAUCUACUCAAAAAGGAGGUGUUUUUGUACUACGAAUGUUUCUAAUGGCAUGACAGAAUCCUUGGCCUUCACACAAUGUGCUUCUCACUGAACCAUGAAAUAAAGUCUUGCAUCCAGCAGCAUGCCAAUUUAA